UCGACAACAAACCAAACGAAGUUGCCUUCCGUAGUUAUCGUCUUCCGCAACCUACAAACUAUAAAGAAGUAGAAGAGAGACAAGAACACCAAAAGACAAGCGAUGAGCUGCUGCUGCGGAGACGAUUGUGAAUGCAGGCCUCUAGGGUUUCUCCUCGGCCUGCCCUUCGCCUUCGUCGCUCUCAUCCUCUCCGUCAUCGGCGUCGUCAUCUGGAUAGUCGGGUUGGCGUUGACUUGCAUAUGUCCGUGCUGCUUGUGCGUGACGAUCAUAGUUGAGUUUGCUCUGGCGUUGAUCAAGCUUCCCUUUUCGAUCAUGAAGUGGUUCACAUCUAAGAUUCCUUGUUAAUUACUAUCUGAUACGUAGCGUGUAAUCUAAUAGUGGUCUGUUCAUUUUUCAACCACAGUUUUUUUUUUUCUCGAUCUUUCCACUUUCUGUUGAUUUUUUUGUUGAAGAUUUGUUCAAACAUUGCAAAAGAAAGCCUUACGAAUCCUUGUUCGAUGAAUUAGGAUAAAUUUAUGAAAUUUGGGUUGGCAAUUAGAAAGUUUCAUUAAUUAUUUGUUAUUACAAAUCUUCAUUAUUAUUCUUUUUUUUUAUUUUUAGAAAACUUCGACAAUGCAAAGGAAAUUUUAUUGCUCGACUGAAUUUUUUUCCAUAGCGUGAGCAUUUGUUUACUUACUGCAAUUUUAUUGGCAGCAAUACAAUUUCAACAUAUAUUAUUCUGAACUUAAUUGGGUG